AUGGAAGGCUUGGUGAGCCUGGAGCUCGGAAAUCGAUCCCACAGAGCGCCUCUCUCCUGUGACCUAUAUAAAUUGGUUUUCCUAACUUUAAAAACUGCCUACUUUCCCAUUCCAACGCUCCACAAAUUGCGGUUAACACUGGUCUUUUAUGGCGUAUUCCAGUUGUUUUCUUCGAUUCUGAUCUUCUUAAUCGUGUCGCUGUUCUUCGCAUUUAUGGAUAAACGCUGCUCGAUUAUGCCUUACUCGUAUCAGUCGUUUUUCCGAUUUACUAGUGUAAGAUGGGAAAUCCUAUAUGCUUUUAAAAACCUGUUAUUUUCUGACGAGAAUAGGAAACUGGCUGAAAAAUGGAUCUGUAAAAGAACCUCAUUUUGCAGGACGUUGGGUUCAAUCAUAUGUGGAGUUUUUGUUUGCGGCUACUUCUUGCCGUUUUGCAAUUCAAAAGGUUUGUGUUUUCCCAUCAAGCUUAUUGUUUCAUAUCCCCUUUUUCAGAUAACAGUACUGAUUUGUCCUAUCGUGUCCUUCUUCACUGGUGGGCAAGAUCAAAUGUGUCUCGACUGGAAUCUUGUUGUCAUACCGUGUUCUGCAUCGCUAACUUCACGAUCCACUUACGGCAAAAGACCUUUUGUUGAGAGUGAAUCAUUCCGUUAUGCACAACAUACAAACGAUUUCAAACGUAUUGGUUUUUGUGUGACUGAAAGCAUAGAUGUUUUAAAUAGUGGCAGAUAA